CCUGGAUUCAACUCACUGUUUGAUCAGUUUGGUUUCCGCGUGCUUUGAUUCCGAAAAGAAAAAGUCAUGCUCUCGGAUGGCCAUUCCUGCUUCUGUUUCUUUGAUAGGAUCGGAUGGCCGCUUCUUGGGCUCUUUCUUGAUUCUUAAACACCCUCGAACUACUCCGAGAUCCCUGAGGGCCCCAUUUACACCUUUCUCGAUCACUCUUCAUCCCGAGACAGUCGCAUCACCAUCAUCAUCCACUUCGUUUCCCAUCCUAGACGGCUGUGAAUCCCUCUCUCCCAGUUAUGCUCGUUAUUUCUUUGAUCAAUAUUACACUUGAAUAAGCGACUUAUAUUAAUCAUCUCCUUGCUGCCUCCGGGAGCGAGUUUUCUUCUCUCCUCUGCAACAACCCUUGUGGAUAAUCCUCACACUCUCAUUUCACCUUCUAGUCGAACGCGGUGCGAGCAAUCUUCGCGAAAUGUCGAGACCUACCCCUCCGAGAGCUAUGUCAGGCCAGGACUGUAGCAAUCUGAGUGGAACAAAGCCGGCCACGCCAGGCGAUGCGUCGGGGCUAUUUCAAACCCUCCAAGGCCAUGUUGACGAGAUCCGCGGUCUCCUGCAAUGCGGUAUUUGCAUCCGACCACUCUACGAGCCCUUUACCCUUGCUUGUGGGCAUACAUUCUGCUACGGUUGUUUGACUUCAUGGUUCGCUGAAGGAAGGCCCAAUAAAACUUGUCCUGAUUGCCGAGCUCCAGUGAAAUCUCAGCCCGCACCGGCCUAUCUGGUCCGAGCCGUAGUUCAAUUAUUUACGAGUCGCGCAGAACUUCUGGACAAGGGGGAAACGACAGACCAGCACAAAACCCAUCAACUGGAAGAAGCGCAGAGGCUAGAAACUGACAAGAAGAAUACCAACCCUCGAGAAGGUGGCUUAUUCCGGGGCAUAUUCAACAAACACAGACCUCCACCUGCCCUGCCGAUCAUUGAUCUCGAAGAUAAUGUUGUCCGCUGUCCACGCUGUUCAUGGGAGUUGGAAGAUGACUCGGGUUGCAUGCGGUGUGGUUACCGCCACGAUGACGAAUCGCUAACGGGCACAGAUUGGACCGAGUCAGAGGAGAACUCGGAAAUGACUGAUGACAUUGAUUUUGACGAUGUGGAAGAUGGGUUUGGCGAAGUAGAUGACUUGGACUGGAACGAGUUUCACGAUAGCGUACCAUUCGAGGCUAUCCCCCCGGAGCUUCGGCGUCACUUCCAGUUUUUUCAUAAUGGCUUCGGCAAUCCGCAUGGAAAUGGCCAUUAUCAUCAUAACAUCUCGGAGUGGGGCGACUCUAUACGAGGCGGAGAAUAUUAUGACGAUGACGACGAAGAGGAGGAUGAGGAGGAUGAGGAUAUGGAUUCUUUUAUUGAUGACGAGGAUCCGUCAGAAGACUAUGACUCGGACUCUGAUCGAUCUACAAUCGUUGGGCAUGCUGAAUACAACGGAGAAGACUUGCACGGAAUUUUCGACGACUCAGCAAGCGGCUACAGCACAUCUCAAUCUCAUGCAUAUGGGUUUGGUUCAGUUCCCGACAGCGAGGACAUGGAAGAUGAGCUUGAGGAUGAAGAGGGUGCAGAGGAUGAGGACGAGGACGAUGAUGAGGAUGAGGAGCCAAUUCGACCACCUAUAGCCGGAAACCGGCGACGAAUUCCUACGUAUCAGAUCACAUCAAGUUCCCCCGUUCAGGUGAACGGCACUGCCGCCAGGAAUCCUCCAUCCAUCAACACGAAUUCACGUUUAUCAAGUCGUCGUGUGGGAGCUAACCCUCGCGAUUCGCUUACUGCAGGGUCAUCUGCGCUACGUGCCAUCGCUGUAGAAGAUGAUUCAGACGGAAGUCCAGUUGGACCAGUGAGAAGGAUAAGAGACCGAGGGAAUUGCCGGUCAUCAGCCCUCUAGACCGAUUACACGCCCAUAGUUUGUGAUAUUAAUGACGAUAACUGAGCUUUGGGCAGGCAAACGGCCUUUUUUUUUCGCGCUUCAGUCCACUUUAUCCAAAAAAGCGCAGGACUUGAGUUCGCUAGUCUCCAACCUGGCAUUCAACUUCUCUCAAAAACAACCCUCUAUAUCACGACCUAAUGCUUGUCGGUGUUUCUGGUUUCUGGGAAAUGAUUUUUAGCGGAUCUUCCUUUCUUAAAAGACCUGUGUUUCUUAGCAUCGGUUCUGGGCCUCGACGCAAUUUUGGGGGUUUUGGGGGUUUAAAUUCUCGCUACAAACUGCUAUCAUAGACAUAAAGGAAACGAAUUACUCUCCAUCAAUUACCAGCUUUAAAAUUUCCCUCAUGUACCUAGUCUUAGUGACCCACUAACAAAAAUCUCGCACCUCC